AUCCAAACUGGACCUAUUUCUCUUUUCCGUAUCUAUCUACCGUAUCUAUCUACCGUAUUUCCUCACUUGUACUGCAGGUACAUGCCGGGCGCCACCUCACUUCCUGUGUUGAUAUCUGACCUUGAGUAUACCCAUUUUUAGGAGCCAUCUGCUGCAGACAUAUGCAAUUGGCUAUAAAUGGCAAAACGGGUUGUGUCGAAAUCAAGUUCCAAGAUGCACAAAAAUAAAUGUCCUGCCCACAGUGCUUCCUGAGCGGCAGGAAGUUCAAGAAAAAGGGGAAAUCGAGUUACUCAUGUCGAUCAUAUGAACUUUUGGCGCAUACGAAUUAUCAUUAUUAUUUCCUUGCAGCUGCAUUCCUGACGAUGGGCCUUGCCCGAAAUUCGGAUGAUUUAAUUUUUCGAUAGAAAUGUCAGCACCGGGCCGACGCAAUCCACACAGCGGCACAGUCAAGUAAAACCAGUUGUGUAACUGAACGUUUUCGUUCCCUUCUCAUCAUGGAUAAGUAUGGGGAAUAAUGGAAAAUGCAACACAGCAACUUAUAGAAUCAAAGUCCGAUAGCAUACACGUAUACAUGUAUAACGUAGAUCAAAACCUCACACUACAUAUGUGAAAGGAAAUUCAGUAGAAAAGGUCAAAAACAGGGUGAAGGUGAAGAGAUGACAUUUGAUUUGACGUUUUCCAUUGCCUCCGGAGAAGGACAUAGAAACGUUCUGUUAGAAACGAAUUUUUGUAUCACUGGAUUAUUUACAUUGCAAGCAGUUCGGACUAUCCAGUUUGCAUCGGACCGCGUUUUGUGGAAGGUGCCUGGAAAUGAGUAGUUGCAAUCCAAUAUUAAAAACCAUUGAAAGUGGAAGCACCCCAGAACUUCUUCAGCAAGAACUCCGAGUAUUGUUUUUAAGACGGUGUAUUUUCUUUUCCAGAUUUUGGCCUCGGAUCUGCAGUCCCGGUUUGGCUGCAAAUUAGUACUGACUAGUUUAUGACCCUGUGAAGUGCAUACUAGUAGUAAAGAUUCUCAGUACACUGGUAUUCAACGUGUUUUUGGAGCUGUACAGACUAGCUGUAUACAGAGCUGUAUUACACCAUCAUGGUGACUGCCCUCUAUAAUAACGAGAGAGCUUGGAAGCUCAGGGCCCUACGCUAUGCUUUUUUGCCUUGAUGACCUAGACAAAAAAAAAAGCAUAGGGAUGUUAUAAAUUCUUUAAAAAAAUCCUUUUUUAAGACAUAACCUGGGAUUCGAACCCGCACUAUCGCGCGCCCUGCAUGCAUCCCCCGAUACACUUUGCAUACAUACUAAUUCUUCCAAGUUGUUUCACAUUGUGAUCUUGCAUUUGAAAGCCCUAUUUGAAUAUGCAUUGUGGCCAGCCGUCUUUGAUGGCACGGUACGGUAGGGGAUAGGUACGGGACAGGUACGAUCGAGGAUAAUACGACACCGUCUCCCGUACCGUACCAUCAAACACAGCUGGCCACAUACAGCUGCCCGCAAUAUUCAAGUAGGGCUUUCAAACGCAAGAUAAUAACGUGAAGCAACUUGGAAGAAUGGGUAUGAAUGCGAAGUGUAUGGGGGAAUACAUGUAGGGCGAUAGUGCGGGUUCGAAUCCCAGGAUAUGCCUGAAAAAAUAGGAGAAUUCAAAAAUUUAUAACAUCCUAUGCUUUUUGCCGUCAGAUACGGAUAGCGCCAGGCGUGACACAAACAAACACACAAAAAACACCAAAUUAAAGCUGUGUGGACCCUGGCUAGCGCCAGACGUUACUGAAGUAACGUCUUCUGCAUAGCUACGGGAAUAAUAAUAAUAAUGUAGGCUGUCGACCACUACACGCCGGUGUAGACUGAUCAAUUAAAAUGUUACGGUUCGCUUGCGACUCGGCUAGACUGAGUUUUCAGCAUCUGUAGGAACGCCACCACCCUGCACUGUGACGAUCUAAGGCGCAGAUGCAGCUCCGAAAGCGGUGGGCGGUGAGUAGAUCAGCUCCUACCAGCGAAGUACACUGAUAGUUAUUAGCUUAGUAUGCAAUCUGUGGAUAGUAUCGGUUUCGUCGACUCCGGACCAUAAGUACGGCAGAGAGAAACCAAGCCUUUUUUAAAUGUACCCAGGCAGCAUAUUUCGUAUCGUAUUGUAGCAUCGUUUUACUGGGGCAUGUCCAACACUGAGACCCUGAGGUAUACACGCUGAGUUCAAGGUGAUAUGAAAUGGGGGUAUUAGUAAUUCGAAGGGGUUUGCCUGAAGUGUUGAGCGCCAAUGAAUGCAGCAGACAUGCGCCCAGCUUGGGAGUAUACAGUGGGUAUAGAGAGGGAAUUGCUGCUUGGUCUUGGGGCCACUCGGAAUUGGAACAUUCCGCAAAGCUUGAGUUAGCACGACAAUAUGUUUUCUUUCGAAAAUCACAUACACUGAGGGUGUGUGGCAAAUAGCAACGAGCAGUACAAUCGUGCACUGUAAAUCAAUUAUAUUUCGCAUUCGUCUUAAUUUUGCAAAUUCCGUAUGACUCCAGUCACUUACGAAAUUGAAACGCUUACUAAAAUUAUGUCACACUUACUGAACAGUACUGUUUGCAUGCACGUAUUAACCCCCGAUCGAUGGCACUAACGAAACUUACAUGACUACAAAGUGUUGUUUUUCUCGGUUUACGAAGAUAAUGCGCUUGCAAAAUAUAGACUGAUUUACUGAUUUACAGUAUAAGUAUGAACAAUGAGCUGCCAUGCCAGAUGUAGUUUUUUGGGAGUGAUUGAAGCCAUUCCACGAUCAUUUGUUAUUUGAAAGCUCUGUGUGCUCUGUAUUAACAUUGUGCAUGUACCCUUCCAGCAGGUCUGCCGAUUUGUGUCCUUUUCGCGUGCAGUGCCAAGUCCCCAACAGAAACACAACCUGUUGUCCCUGCCCUUUUGGCACGUGUGUGCCCCUUUUGGCACGUGCAGGUUGCGCAUGCGUGCAUGCUUAUCGUGCGCAUCCUGGUUGUUUUCGGUGCCUUCUUCCUGAGACUCUCCUUGGAACAACAGUGAUAAUCUGUCCUCUGAGUGUGGCGUACGUGUGAUGGAUGAAUAAGAGAGUAGUCGGAAGGGCUAUCGUGCGAGGGAAUAAAACCCCCCCGACGACAAUUCUUCUAAUUUUGUUUUGAUUGCUUCCAUCCACAGGAGUGGAUGUUUUUUUUUUUGAUGGGGGAUAGUGUUGUACAUGUGGCUGCGCUUGUGUCUCUUCGUUGUACAUGCGGUUGCACGUGUAGCUCUUUGUCGUACAUGUGGCUGCUUUUGUGUCUCUUUGUUGUACAUGCUGCUGAGUCGUGGUACAUGCUGCUGCGCUGUUUUUGACUCCUGCGUACAUGCGGCUGCACCGUCUUCUGUCCCCGGUGGUACACACUUGCUCGUCUUGUCCCCGUUGUACGCCUUCAAUCUAAUAUAUUCUGUUGUCUAGUCUUGUCUCAGUGUCAGUCGUCAGUCGUUCGUUGUCAGUGUUAGUUGUCUGAUAACCAUGAGUUCUCCAUCGCCUACUGAAGCGAGGUAGAAGAAAAAGCUUUCUAACAAUUUGUAGUGGUCCUUUGUUGUGUGGCGUGGCGAGGAGCGUGGAGGAAGUUCGUUCACGGUUCUCAAACCCGAGACGACACAACCCGUCAUGUAUCGGCUUCUGGAAGAUACUAGAGAGAAGACGUACAGAUUUCGGUGAAUGUAAAGCAACCUGAUUUGCUUGGAGACUGAUGGCAAUACGCAGUCGCAAGGGACUUUUCAAGACACUUUUAGCGGUGGGUGAGGGCGUGGAUUAUCAGCACGAUGUAUUUUUGAACAAUGGAGCCGAAGCGCAAAACAAGGUCCUGAAAUGCUCAUUCCUCAACACCAACAAAGGGAAGAAGUGGACACUUAGUGAGACGUUUACAGUUAUCGUUGAAAGGCUUCUUCUGGAGGAGCAAAAGCGGAAGCUCGCGGUGAUGAAUUUCAGCCAACUGAGCUCUUUCCGAAGGAGAUAUUGAAGCUGCUGGGGGCAGCAUGUUCAAAGUCAAGUCCUCACAGUGUAAGCUUGACUGCACCAUCUUGCUCCUGCGAGGAUUGGAGCAUCCAUGGUUUGCCCUGCAAGCACACGUUUGCAAUUUUCAGACAUACACCUGGGUACAGCUGGGACUCUCUUCCAGCAUCGUCACGGUAUUAAGUAGUUCCAAGCUCAUGUUAGACCUCAGGUUAGGGAAUGCCGAGGCUCAGCCGCAGAUGGGAGGAGACGGUUGGAGUACUUCACAACACGGGAGCUGAAAAUGCACCGGAGCCAGGCACUGUUUCGGACAAGCUACCAGUCCACCAGUGCUUUGCUACAGCUAGCCAUGGCCAGUGCUCUGUGCGCUGUCAGCAUCCCAGCACAGGAUUGGGCCGACACGAAUGAUAGCUGCACAGCAUCGUGGCCCAGGGAAGACCCUGGCAAUUUCUGCUAUCAAGAGAUGUGCAGGACAGGCGAGCAUAUGAUAAAUCUCCGUGGCCUAGACAUUACUGAUCUGGCCUGCAGUGAAAUAAUAUCAGAUCAGCUGUUGACGGUGGAAGACGCCGGCUGCCCCGCCGGGCACACGCCUGGUCCACCACGCAUGGACUUCUACGACACUGGCGUGUUUGUGGAGUACGGUGUACUCACUCCUCAUUUCAGCAUUGCUGUGCGCUGGAGAGAUCCUGACGAUGAUACUAACUUGAUUGGGUACAGAUUGGAGCUUAAGUCUUUUGCGGGAAAUAUCCUGGAGUCAUUCUACUUCUCCAAGGAGACAACUGCAUCACCGGCAUAUCCCAGACUGAACACAAUGGAGAUUGUUCCUCACACUGGACUUUGCGCCAACAAUGAUCUAUGGCCGUGCAUUGUCACCAAGCUGCUAGCGUCUGGUCAGCUCAUUGGACAGUCCACUGAAGCAGAAUACAAAAUUGUGGUAACUUCAUUGCCUCUGAAAGAUGCUACAGACAGCCGUGGGCACUCCGUGGAGAGCACUCUCAACAUUCCCUCAUGUGAGGAUAUGGGAUGCCUGCGCGAUGUCAGAGUAUCUGAACCAUCAUGCCAGAACCCCUCUCACCCUGUAGUCCAGAUGUCUGAUCACUUGUGCAAGUGCUCUUUUAAGGAACCGAUUUCUUUUGCUAACAUUUCCGUGACCAUUAUGAAUGCGACAACGGGCAGUGCAUAUGUCAGCGUGUUCUUGCAGUGGGUGGCUCCUAUACAGUGUACACUGCGAGUAGUUGUCUACAGGCAUGGCCAGAGACUGCGCUGCAGGUCAACUCAGCGUAACUGUCGUGACCAGCUCAUACUCAAUAGUACGAAUGUGACCUCAUUUCCACAGGCAGUAUAUCACAUACUCCGCAUCGGGCACACACUGCACGAUGGUGACCAUUUGAAACUGAUGGUUGAGACAGUGGACACGUCACGAAUACACACCAUAGCCAGUCACGUGUACAGUUCACCCACUGCCUUGGCGCAGUCACCAUCAGCACAAUCCAAGGCUGCUUUUGACCAAGCUGCAUCGACUAGCAAUGCAACCCGGCCUUACAUUGAUGUAACCUCCACGGGUGACAGGGAUACCAGCUCCAGUGUGGAACCUGAAACAUAUUCCGAUCAGACAAUCAUCGUCUAUGCGGGAAUUGCUGCAAGCAUCUCUCUUAUCAUAUUGAUCUGCAUCAUCUUGGUCAUUUCCCUGAACUAUCAAUCUGGCCGCCGCAAAGGACACGUGUCAUGCUGCAGAUGUGCAAGGAGGGUGGUACAGGAUGUUACGCUAGCCGGCACAGAGGAUCUCAGCGAGCAGUGCAGACUACCGAUAAACAACAAGCGUGUGUACAUCAGCUAUUCACGUAUGACGGACCGUAUCAAGGAGAACACGCUUCACUUGUAUCAUGCCCUGAGACAGGAAGGUGUGAAUGUCAUCUUGGAUGCUUACCACCAACAGGAAAUCCUCGAGAUUGGCAUGGAACCCUGGAUAUCUCACCAAGUGACCUGCUCAAAGUUUGUUAUUGUGAUUUUGGACGAAGGUCAUCCCCUCAACUUGACCCAGUUGGUAAAGGAAGAGCUUUUGAGGACUACAGAUUGUGAUGAACUGCAGCGUGCAUUGGUUGAAUGCAGCCUCAUACAAAGCGCAAUGUUUACAGGUCAGAUGAAUUUCAUCGUUCCAGUUCUCAUUGGAUCGACUUCAGUGGGACAAGUAGCCUCUGUGCCGCAUACACUGCGAGAGAAAACUUUGUACCGGCUACCCGCAGAUUUUAAUGCUCAGAGUGAAACUUUCCGCAGUUUGCUAGGACGCCUGCACGGCCCAGUUGUUGCCUAGCUACCACCACCCCCCACACCUGCUCUCUCAACCCCAGAUUUCUGGCCAUAUUAUUUUUAAUUUCAAAUU